GACAGGAAGUCCCGCCCCUUCCUCCCAGAGGGAAGACGGUGAGCCGGAGGAGUCAGUCAGAGGGGCUAGCAGGAGCGAUUCCGUCGGCAAACAGGUUAUGUGUGCCCAGUGAGCCACCCCUGACACAAGAAGCAUCAUCAGCCUUUAUUAGUGAUGGAUACUGAGAAGAAACCAGAGAAUGAUGAGGGUGACAGCGCAAACAAGGCAGCAAAAGACUGGAGAAAUAGUUCACCCCGUGAUGUAGAUUGUGGGCCUGUAUCUGUGGUGAUAGCAGAUUCCUCUGAAAAUUCCACAAGCAAAAGAGGCUUUUUAGAGUCAUCAGACUUUGACAGCGCUGUCGUGGGGAAUGAUGGAAAUGAACACGCUUCCAAGAGAAUGAAAUUAGCUGAGGCAGAGCCCCUCCAGUCGGGAGAGCUGGGCAUCCCUGGGUCAGAGAGGCCUGAGGGCUCAGGCCCAGAAGCGGGUGUCCCGUUGGCGGGGACAGGGGUGGGGGCCCUCCUUAGUGACCCUGAUGGAGGCGUGUGUCUUCCUGGUGCCUUUGCUGCCCCCUGCAACGUUAACCCCACGGACGCUGCUUCUCUGGAAACAGAUGCUGAGAAGAAGCCCGCUCAGGAAAUGGUUUUCCUUGAUCCAGGAAGAGAGCUUCCCUUCCCCCAGAACGAGAUGCCUGCGAGCAGUACCCUCGGAAGUGUGGAUGCAGUUCUGCAGUGCAGUGCGUGUGGUCACUCGUUUGUUUCCUGCUCCGAUUUGGAGAAGCAUGCCGAGUGUCACAUGCAGCAGCCUGAGGACCACGCCUGUGGCCCCUGUGGCCACAAAGCGGAGAGCAGCGCAGCCUUACAUGUGCACGUCAGGCAGGCGCACGGGCCGCAGAGGGUCUUUUCUUGUGACCUCUGUGGCUUUCAGUGUGUGGAGGAGAACCUGUUGAACGCACACUAUCUUGGCAAAACACAUCUCCGGCGUCAGAACCUUGCUGCUCGCGGAGGGUUUGUACAGAUCUUAACCAAACAGCCUUUUCCUAAGAAGCCAUGUCCCAUGGGAACAAAAAGUGUUCAUACAAAGCCAAGAGCGUCUAAGCCAAUAGCAAAGAAUGGCAGUUCAAAAGGAUUACGAAACGUUGGAAGCAAAUUUAAAGAUUUCAGAGGAAGCAUUUCUAAACAAAGUGGAAGUGGCAGUGAGUUGCUGGUUGAAAUGAUGCCAUCCAGGAAUACUUCGCCAGAAAAAGUAGAGAUUGUUGAAGAAAAUGUAACCUCCCUCGAUAUACCUCGGAAUCCUGAAAACCAGAGUAAAAAGUUAGGAGACUUAGUCACCUCAGAGGGUCUCCUAGAGAAAUUGGAAUCUACCAGAAACACCCUCCAGGCAGCCCACGGUGUCAGUACGGCCUCAAGACCUAGACCUGAGCGGAACGUUCUCAUGCUGGGCAGCAGCUUCCGACGACGCAGCGGUGCUUUCGCCCUAAGGGGCCAGGCGAAGAAAAGGUUCACUCUUUUAGGAGUUAACAAAAGAGGCACUACUGAAACUCAGAGGCUGUGCUUGAAACACUUUAGAACACAGAUGAAAACAAGUGAUGCUGAGUCAACACCUCAGCAUGCAGAAACCGGUGGCAGCAUCCAGGGUCUGUGCGUCACAUCCGCAGAGACCCAGGACCUGAGGCAAGACAGGAGAAGCUCCCAUCUCCCAUGCUCCUUUGACUCAGUGACGGUGAGGCCGCCUUCGGACGACCAGGUGUUGUGUACGUGUACAGACUGUGGACACACAGCCACAAACAGGACAGAGUUGGAAAUCCAUGGGAAGAGGUGCCACGCAGGAGAGAUGCAGUCUCACUGCCAGACAUGUUGCUUUUCCAGUGCGUCCAGGAGGGACUUGGAUGCACACUCGCACAAUAACCAGCAUCAGCAGACCGCCCCCGGCCUCAGUUGUCAGUGUUGUUCCUUUACUUCCUUGAAUGAAAUGUACCUGAGAGAACACAUGAAGGAAAAGCACAGUAGGGGUUUCCUUUGCACGCCUUGUGAUCUGUGCUUCUCGUCUGAGAAAGACAUGGAGGAACACAAGACAACUGAGAAGCACAUUCACUUGUUGGGUCAGCCAAAGACUUCUCAAUCAUUUAACAAUGAUUUGGUUUUACAGACUUUACCUUUAAGUACUUUAGAAUCAGAAAAUACAAAAGAUUCUGUGAGUGAGUCAGGAAAAGCAGCUCAGGAAGAGCCAGUUCAGUCCAGGGUAAGCCAUGGAAAUGAAGUAAGACAUGCGAAUAAGCCUCAGUUUCAGUGUAAGAAGUGUUUUUAUAAAACAAGAUCUUCCACUGUUCUCACAAGACACAUAAAACUCCGCCACGGUCAAGACUAUCACUUUCUGUGUAAGGCAUGUAAUCUUUACUCAUUGAGCAAAGAAGGAAUGGAGAAACACAUUAAGAGAAGCAAACAUCUUGAAAAUGCUAAGAAAAAUAAUAUUGGCUUAAGCUUUGAAGAAUGUAUUGAAAGGGUCUGCAUAGGUGCAAAUGACAAAAAAGAAGAGUUUACCAUUUCUGGGAAUGGAAGGAUAGAAGGCCAUGUGGAAGGUGUGCAAUUCCAGGAGCACACCUGUCUCGACAAGAGCAUCCUCCUUCCCCAGGAACUGUCACAAUCUGGUGUAAUCACCAAAGAGGCUGAAUUAACUUUGACCACUGCCCCAAAGAGAGGGAGACCUAAAGGUAACAUCUCACGGACGUGUUCACAUUGUGGUCUUUUGGCCUCGAGUAUUACAAACUUGACCGUGCACAUUAGACGAAAACACAGUCACCAGUACAGUUAUUUAUGCAAAGUGUGUAAGUAUUAUACUGUAACUAAGGGAGACAUGGAACGUCAUUGCGCCACCAAGAAACAUAAAGGACGUGUAGAAAUAGAAGCGAGUGGAAAACCAAGUUCAGAUAUCAUUGUUGGCCCGGAAGGGGGGAACCCUGAAGCCUGUAGGAAGAACACCACUUCAGCAGUUUCGGAUGUACCUGCCAACGAGUCAGCUGAAGCAGACACCUGUGUUUCGGAAAAGCCAGUACUAGAGCAAGGGAAUCCAGUUGAAGUCGACGUUGAGAACGUAUUUCAUUCUACAGAUGGGGAAACUAACGGUCACAUUCUUGAGAGAAAGGAACAAACGUCUCUAGAACCAGAGGACCUUAUGCAUCAGGGCAGUGCCUGCUCCCAGGGAGAUGACGCAGGUACAGGAGAUAACAAAUGUGCGCGCUGUGAGUUUAACGCUUACUCUUCUCCUUCUCUAGAACUGCACGUAAAACGGAAACAUACAAGAGAGUUUGCGUUUUAUUGCAUGGCGUGUGAUUACUAUGCUGUGACUCGGCGGGAGAUGACCAGGCACGCAGCAACAGAAAAACAUAAGAUGAAAAGGCAGUCUUACCUGAACUCUUCUAACGUAGAAGCCAGUUCUGCAGAAAUGUCCAAAACCAUCGUUAUUCCUGAAGGGCAGCAUCAGCAAAGUUCUGAAGAGUUUCAGAUAAUUUCAGACCAACCCUCUGAAACUCUAAGAACUAGAAAUGCUGCUGAUUGUUCUAUUUUGGAUGAGAAUACUAAUUUAGAUAUGUCCAAAGUGCUCUGCGCUCCUGGCUCUGUAGAAAUUGAGACUGAGGAAGAAUCUAAUCUCAGCGAAGAUCAUUCCUUUUGUGAAGCUUUCCAGCCGCCCCUUGCCAAGGAUAAAGUUACAAAACCGGAGGAGAUGGUGUCCCUUAAUAUUUCCUCUAAUUAUGGCUCCCCAGGCAACUUUCAGAAUGAAAAUUCAGGAAGCUCAGCUUUGAAUUAUGAGACAGCAAAGAAAAACCACAGUAUGUUGAAUGACGUCAGUGAUCCAGACACACAUUUCAAGAGUGAUGGCGGAAACGUAGGGGACAAGGCAGAUAAAGUCCUUGGCAAACGUGUGUGCCCCGGAGCUCUAGAAGGAGAGCAUUCGGCUGAGAGCACCAUGCUGAGAGCAACUGGAGAAGAGCUCAACCUGGGUGGCAGUGGUCAGAACAAAGUUGGAAGUGUGCAGAGUUCAGGGGAUUUGAAAGAUGUGCCAGAAGAUCCCGUUCUAGAGAAUAAGGAGAUUCUGAUGAAUUCCCAACAUGAAAGUAAAAUAAUUUUGGAAGAGGAUGGUCCAGCUUCUGAUAGCACCGUUGAAAAUACUGAUGUUUAUGAAACUAUAAUCAGUAUUGAUGAUAAAGGACAAGCCGUGUACAGUUUUGGCCGGUUUGAUUCUUCCAUCAUAAGGAUAAAGAACCCCGAAGAUGGGGACCUGUUAGACCAGUCUGAAGAGGGGCUCAUAGCAGCAGGAGUGAGAAUGAGUGAGUUGCCCUUAAAGGACUGUGCUCAAGGUGUGAAAAAGAAGAAAUCCGACGGCAGUUCCCUUGCCGAAUCCACACGAAUUCGUUGUGAUGACUGUGGCUUCUUAGCAGAUGGUUUGAGUGGACUGAAUGUUCACAUAGCCAUGAAGCAUCCUACAAAAGAGAAGCACUUCCACUGUCUGCUGUGUGGAAAGUCGUUCUACACGGAGAGCAACCUCCAUCAGCAUUUGGCCAGUGCUGGUCACAUGAGAAAUGAACAGGCCAGCGUUGAGGAGCUUCCCGAGGGAGGGGCCACCUUUAAAUGUGUCAAGUGUACAGAGCCCUUUGAUUCUGAACAGAAUUUAUUUCUGCAUAUUAAAGGGCAGCAUGAGGAACUGCUCCGAGAGGUGAAUAAGUACAUAGUGGAAGACACUGAGCAAAUCAACCGCGAGAGAGAGGAAAAUCAGGGGAACGUUUGCAAGUAUUGUGGGAAGAUGUGUCGCAGUAGCAAUUCGAUGGCAUUCCUAGCACACAUUCGCACUCACACAGGAUCAAAACCAUUCAAGUGCAAGAUAUGCCAUUUUGCAACAGCUCAGCUUGGCGAUGCCAGAAACCAUGUCAAAAGGCACCUUGGGAUGAGGGAAUACAAGUGUCAUGUCUGUGGGGUUGCUUUUGUAAUGAAGAAACACCUAAAUACUCAUCUACUGGGAAAACAUGGAGUUGGCACACCAAAAGAAAGGAAAUUUACAUGCCGCCUGUGUGAUAGAAGUUUCACAGAGAAGUGGGCCCUGAACAACCACAUGAAACUCCACACGGGGGAGAAGCCAUUCAAGUGUACCUGGCCUACCUGCCAUUACUCCUUCCUCACGGCCUCCGCCAUGAAGGACCACUACAGGACGCACACAGGCGAGAAGUCGUUCCUGUGUGACCUGUGUGGCUUUGCUGGCGGGACCCGGCAUGCCCUCACCAAGCACCGCAGGCAGCAUACAGGAGAAAAACCUUUUAAAUGUGAUGAGUGUAACUUUGCCUCCACGACCCAAUCUCAUCUGACGCGGCAUAAGCGGGUACACACAGGAGAGAAGCCCUACAGGUGCCCCUGGUGUGACUACAGGUCAAACUGUGCUGAAAAUAUCCGCAAACACAUUCUACACACGGGCAAACAUGAAGGGGUCAAGAUGUACAACUGCCCCAAGUGUGACUAUGGAACCAACGUCCCUGUGGAGUUUCGAAACCACUUGAAAGAGCAGCACCCUGACAUCGAAAACCCUGACCUGGCCUACUUGCACGCAGGAUACGUCAGAAACGAAACAAAGAUCCCUGCUUGUGGAGCCUCUGUUCUACCAGAGGGAGACAGAUACUCAACAGAAGGCCUGAUAAGCAUUGUGUCCAAGUCCUACGAAUGCCGUCUGAAGGGCCAGGGGGCCACGUUCGUGGAGACGGACAGCCCCUUCACGGCGGCCGCGCUGGCGGAGGAGUCUCCGGUCAAGGACAGGCCCCUGCAGGGCAGCAGGAGGCCGGCGGCGCCGCCGGAGCCGGUGCAGCAGGUCAUCAUCAUCCAGGGCUACGACGGGGACUUCGCCCUGGACGCCUCCGUGGAGGAGACGGCCGCGGCCACGCUGCAGACGCUGGCACUGGCCGGCCAGGUGGCCCGGGUGGUGCACAUCACGGAGGACGGGCAGGUCAUCGCUGCGGGGCAGAGCGGGGCGCCCGUGGGCGGCGGGGCGCCCGGGCCUGGGGUGCCGGAGCAGCUGGCAGACGGAGCCACGCAGGUGGUGGUCGUGGGGGCCCCGAUGGAAGGCCAUGGCAUGGACGCACCCCUCAGCCCCAGCGGGGCUGCAAUUCAGCAGGUGACCAAGCAGGGGAUUCUAGACCUGGCCGAGGCCGGCAUCCCCCCGCCGGACACGGCCUCGGCCUUGGACGCCCUGCUGUGCGCGGUCACGGAGCUGGGAGGGGCGGAGGGCCGGGCCGCGGCCGAGGAGAAGGGCAGGGCCGGCCCCAGAGACGUGCUGGUCCCGCUGCCAGGGCAGGCGGCGGACCCCGCCGCAACCCCGGCCGAGGCCCACGAGAUCCACGUGUGCCACGACGUGCAGGACGGUGGCACCGCCCUGGAGCCCGCGGGGGCGCUGAGCCGCGCGGUCCGGCCCGCGGCCCUGAUCGCGUCGCAGGAGCGCGCCCAGCUGGCCUUCAGGAAGGUGGUGCAGGGCGUGCUGCAGUUCACAGUCUGCGACCCGGCCGCGGCCGGCCAGCUCAUGAAGGACGGUGUCACGCAGGUCAUCGUGAACGAGGAGGGCACCGUGCAUAUGCUGGCCCGGGAAGGCUCCCAGAUCAUCAUGCAGGAAGCCCAGGCCCACGGCCAGCGCAUGGACCUGGCCGAGUCGGAUGGCGAGAUCUCGCAGAUAAUCGUGACCGAGGAGCUGGUCCAGGCCAUGGUCCAGGAGUCCGGCGGCGGCUUUCCCGAGGGGGCGACUCAUUACAUCGUGACAGAACUGCCCCCGGGGGCGCAGGACGAGACGGGCGUGUACUCGCACACCGUGAUAGAGACGGCCGGCUCUCAGGAGAUCCUGCAGGCCGGGGCCGCACUCAGCGCCGAGGCCGUGGUCCCCGGCGAAACAGAGCAGCUGACGAGCAUGGUCAUAUACACCCAGGAGGGCUCCCCGGCGGCCGCGGUAAUCCAGAGCCAUAGAGAGAGCAGCGAGCUCCACGAGGCCUGAGCCCGGAGCCUUGCCCCACCCCCGGCACCGGGCGGACGCGGAGCGACCAGCACCCAAGACGCGUGCUCCCUGCGCUCCGUUUGCAAAGCCUUCGCGACAGUGACGGCUGCCGCCCGGGAGCGCACACAGGCUCUGGGCCGGGUGACGCCCCUGCCGACCGCGCGCACGGGGCACGUGGACGCGCAGGGCGGGAGCCCGGCGCGUGUGGGGCGGGGCCGCCGGAGGCAGGUCUGUCUACUGUUUGGUUCUUCUCUGGAUGCUCUUCCCUCUGUUCUGUCCGCUGUGCUGACGAGAAGCCAAGUUGUUUUCUCUUUCGUUCCCCCCACAAAUGUUUUCCCGUUUCAGUUGUGGAAGGACUGUGCCCCAGCAGUAGAAGAGUGACAACAGUGUGUCUCAUGGCUUGAGACACAGCUGCCCUUGCAGUCCAGCAUGUCGCUGUUUUAACAUUUUAUUACACGUUUGGUUAAAAAUUGCAGCUACACGUAUUACCAUGUCGAAGCGGUCGGCUCCUCUUCAUUUUUCUGGAAAUUUUAGGAUCGCAGCGUCCCCAAACCAAAGGCAGCCUGUUCAUUUCAUGUAUGGAUUUCCUCCCUUCAGGCAUCGUAGGUGUGGUCAUCGCCCUGGUUGCUUCUGCUUAAAAGAUUCCUUCUUAAGCCUACGGUUAAGAAAAGCCUUGGCGUUUAUAUUCAGUUAAAAUAAACCUUGGUUAAGAAAACCCAAUGCUUCUAAUUUUGACUUAGUUUCAUACAAUAAAGUCUAUAUGAAAUGU